GCUGUUUGUGAGGAAAUCAAUCAAGUCUCCCAGAAUGAAAGUGUUCUGCUUUUGGUCAAUCUUUAGCUUUUUCUAGGACAUCAUUUGUAUUUUUUACCCUGAAACAACUUUCCAGCCAUGGCAGAGAGGUUUGACACCACUGGGACACAUUUAGAGCUAAACGUGUUGCAGCCAUGGAGCGCCUCAAAGACUGCUGUAAGACGUUCACCAAGAAGAAAGGGAGGGAGCAGGAGACCCAAGUGAUUGCGCUGAAGAUGCCUCCUAAGGCAUCAGGAUGGGAGCCGGAUGGAGAGAGGAGGGGGGUCUCAGAAGAUUACCUCAUGUCCAAGCUGCCCCCAGAUGGUAGAGAUGUGCCCUUUGUCCUGCCGACCUUCAAGGCCUCCUACAUCCAACCCAGAGGCUCCCGCUACCCAAAUCCACAGUCGGGGCCACAGAGUUCAGCCCGCUGCAUGUAUGCAGAGAGGAAAGCAGAGCUGCUGGCCUCCACGCAAUUCCCCUACAGCCCGGAGUCCAGACUCCAACGCGGUGGGCUGAGCGAGUACAUCUCCCCCGGAUCCUCCCGCCGCGGCACCCCGAGGAGCAGAGACUCCGGCUCCCAAAGUCCAGGUUGGACUCUGAAUGUGGGCGGCGAGCAGCAACUGAACAACUUGAUGUUUGAUCUGUCCAGCCCUCAGAAUCACAUGCAGCGCUUCGACUCCGUCUCCAGCGUCCUCAGCAGCACGUCCUCCACGAUCGGCUCCAUUGAAAGCAGCCUCGACUCCAUCACCCUGUCUGGGGAUGAGCGUGAGUUGGGGAAGGUGUGUGUCCGAGUGAACUACCAGGAGGCCCUGGAGCAGGUGUGGAUCACCGUGGUUCAGUGUUCAGACCUCAACCUUUUUCCGGAUAGAGUGGAACAACAAAAGAUUGGAUUCAAAGGGAUCAUCACCAUCCCCAAACCGAUACAGUUCAAAAGCUCGAUUAAGGACUACUGUCAGGACGUGUCCUUCAUGGAGACCUUUGUGUUUGCGCUGCAUCUUCAGCAGUUGCGCUGCAGUGCUUUGGUGCUGCGGCUGCAGGCGCUCAGCCCCAAGAAACGCACGGUGGCCGAGUGCGUCCUCUCCCUGAGGCAGCUCGGCUCUGAGGAGACCGAGCACCGGCUCGAGCUCAACCCUCCCUCCAAAUCCUCGGUGUGCCACUCUGAGUUGCAUCUCACCACCUGUUUUCAACCAGUCAACGGACGCAUCCAACUCCAGGUCCUUGCUGCCCAAAGCCUCCCAGCAUCCUCUUCACCGCUCACCCAAGCCUUUUUUGUCAAAGUGGAGAUGCACCAGUUGGGGCGGCCGGUGAUGGAGAAGAAGACUCGAGUCCUUAAGGCCUCAGGGGGACAGUGUAGAUGGGCGGAGACCUUUCACUUCUUCUUGGCUUCGUUAGACCACGGCUGCUCGCUGUCAGUCAAACUCUACAGCCGCAGCUCGGUCAGGAGGAAACAGUGUCACGGACAGGUUCAUCUGGGAUUCGACAGCCCCGUCCCAGAAGCAGUGGAGCAGUGGAAGGACACGAUGGCUCACCCAGAGAAGGUGGUGUCUGCGUGGCUCCGGCUCAGCGCUGCGUAAAGCGUCCUCUCUGGGGAUGUGCCGUUCUCCUGCUGCAGGUCCAGAUGUGCCUGCUGGCUUCUCCACAGAGGAACACAGUCUUGUGCGCAUCGCUGAGUCGUCGCCCGCGGGCCGGACCGUAAGCCGCUGGACGGGCUCUGAACGCCACGUGAAACCAGAUUCCUAAGCUUCUGGUUGCUCAGUUGUAAAUAGGGGUUUUCGAACAAAGUGUUAUUGCUGGAGGUUUCUGGGGUUGUUUCUGUGUAGACAAAAUAAGAUUUAGGAAAUGUGAAGCAUUUGCCUGACUGACAACAAAGUCGGCCUCAUGGCUGUGUAUAUAAAGCUGUACAUUGCAUUUGUAGGGAAAACAUUGUCUCUCUGUUUGAAUUAGAAAGAAAGUUUAGAAGCUGAGAAAGUCAAACUCACUGUAAUUAAGACCCAUGUUAAAGGCUAAUGAUAUUCUUUACUUUUUAUAGUCAACAAACAAAAAACAAAACUAAGCACUUUCUUUUCAGCACAAUUGGCUCCAACAUGAAAUAAUGCACUUAGAUUAUAUGAAUGAGUGCAUUAUUUUUUUGAGCUUUGUUUUAGGUCUCCACCAGCUCCUGAGGGAUGAAUCAAACUCUUGCUAAAUGCUCCAGUGUCACUAGGUAGUUGUUAAAUGCAUCUGUCUGCUUUUUAGUGCUGAGAUGUUUGUGUACAGCCUCUCAUCUGAAAACAGCACAUCGUGAAUGCAGUCCAGACUUUGUAGACACUUUAAAAAGGACUAAAUCGUUUAUUUUUUGGGAAAGUUUUUAGGUAUUGAUGUAUAUAGAUUUUGGUAUGUGACAUGUAUGAAUUGAGGAACCAGAGAUGUAUGACUUUCAAGUAGAAUUGAUUCACUGUUGCUUUUAGUCUUUUUAUGGUAUUUUUAAGAAUAGGAUAAAUAUUAACAUCAUCUUUCAAUUAAUAAAUAUGUUUCUGUAGAACAACAAACCUUUGCUGUAUGCUUUUGAUGAAAGCAUUUUAUUUUGUGAUGUAUUUAAUGUAGACUGUUUAGUGAUUAAAGGUAUGAUGUCGUUGGAAAAUGAAAUUUGUGUAUUGAAUAAUGCAUUCUAUAAGUAUAAAGCUAUAUGUGACCUUUUGUCUGAGCCGAAUCAGAAACAAGACGAGGAUCCUUUUUGCACAAUCAUUCUGGGUCACAUUAAAAGAAAACGUAGGCAUGUGCAUUAAUCUCGUUACACUCGGGGUGGUGCCUGUUAAAGUAGGUCAACAGCCAUAAACCACAGCGUCACCCUUUCACUUUUUAUU